AUGGAAGAAAUUGAAUAUGAUUUAGAAUUUGAGAUAAUUGAAGAUUUAGACAAAUUAUCUGAAACAAACUCAAUUUAUGAGUUUGAUAUUAAAGAAAUUGAGGAACCUGAAUAUGAAUAUGAACAGAUAUAUAUGAAUCAAGAAAUUAUUGAUACUGUUGAAACUAACUUAGAUAGAGAACGGGAUAAUAGAGAAUUAGCAAAUAUUAAAAGAUCCACUAGAGAAAGAUUAAAGAAUAUAGUGAUUGGAGGAAUCCAAAUCAUGAUUAAAGGAUACUUUAGAGAAGGAAUGGAUAUUCCUAUACAAAUAUAUUUAAUGGAUAACAGGAUACUUCAUGAUCCUAUGGACGCUCUAUUAGGAGUUGUCUCUAAAAAUCUUGUAUAUAAGAAAAUUAUAUUUACUAUAAGACCUGGAUUUAUUAGAUGA